AUGACAGCAGCCGAAGCCAAGUUCUACAGAGAUGGUUACACUCACCGCACUGUCCUGUACGAUGGCCUGCAGGAUGCCAAGGCCGAGCACGGAGGCUCGCUGAACUUCAGCGCCUACCGGCAGGGCCGAGAUCGGCAGUACUUGGGCGUGAACGGCAAGAACUACUAUGCCAAGCCCUGGGGCAACGACUCCUCCAACAUCCAGGCGGUCAUUAACGGGCCAGCCUACUGGAAGCGGGUGUACUAUCGAGAGAACAUUGCUGCACGCUUCGCUCGCGAAGACGCAGAGGCUGGACCCCGAGGAUUCGACAUUUGCAACAUGGACCACUCCUUUCGAGGGACGAAAGAAGUGCGUGGCCUUGCCAUGAGCUAUGCCACGGUGUUUGCUGCAUUUGGCAGCUUGCUCGAGCCCUUGAUUGUCCGCGGGAAUCUCACGGUGCCGGGCAACGCCACCUUCCAUGGCAAUGGCUGGUCCGCAUUUUUGCAGGAGGCUUGCCUCCAAGUCACAGACGGCCUGACAGUCUCUGUUGGCCAAGUUUCCGGCCCAGGUGAGUGCGCUCAGCGGAAACGUGGUGAAAGCAACGGUGAAGUUGACGUUUACCCUUCAAUCUCUGCCAACAUGCUUCCGACGCCCGCCAAGUCCCACUACACCUUCAAUUUGAGAGAUCUGGCGAAGGUCAACCAGGAUCUGCCUCUGCAGCAAGGAGUCACUUCCUUCCGAAUGCCAGCGAGUCUUUCAGGCCGGAUCGUAAGCAGAGCUUGUGGAAGUGGCAGCCUGACGGACCGACUCAUCCAUGACAAUGCAUGGUUCAAUGAGCUGCUGAGAGAGAAGCUGCAGGAGCAUUUCAAAAAGCAGUGGAACGCUGUUAUCAAGCAGGAGCCGCUCAUUUUAAUUGCAGACAGCAAGGCUCCGUGCUACCAACAGGUCGUCGAUUAUGAGCAGCUCAAUGACGUGCUGUAG